UAGAAUAUUAAAUAAAAACCUUUAUUUUAUUUCGAGUCAAUUAUUUAUUCAUUUGUGAACAUAAUGUUGUUUAUCAUAAGAGUUGCAAACACUAGAUGUCGGUAGUAUUAUAUUAGUAUCACGUGCUAACAGACUUGCCUAACACUGCCCCUGCGCGCAUGCAAAUUACUUACGAUUCACACGCACAACCACGACUACGUUAUCGUUGCCGGCUGCCGGUGUUGAGGUCGAGGUCCAUCGAGGUCGUAAUCUGAGCACGUUGAGAACAGUCGAGAAAGUUCCUUGUGUUAUUCAAUUGAUUUCACAUAGUCUUUCGAAUUAUUGACCAGUAAUUUGAAUCAAUUAUGUCGGACACCGUUGGAAAGGUAAUUAAGUGUAAAGCCGCAGUAGCAUGGAAAGAGGCACAACCUCUUUCGAUAGAAGAGGUAGAAGUAGCUCCUCCAAAAGCUCAUGAAGUCAGAAUCAAAAUUGUAGCUGUGGCUCUGUGUCAUACGGAUGCCUAUACUCUGGGUGGAUUGGAUCCGGAAGGAAUUUUCCCAUGCAUUCUUGGCCAUGAAGGCAGUGGUAUAGUAGAGAGUGUUGGUGAAGGAGUGACAGAAUUCCAACCAGGUGAUCAUGUGGUUCCAUUGUAUAUCCCUCAAUGCAACGAUUGUAAGUUCUGCAAGUCUCCAAAAACUAAUUUGUGCAGCAAGAUACGUAACACACAAGGGAAGGGUGUGAUGCCUGAUGGAACUUCUCGUUUCACUUGCAAGAACCAGACUCUUGCCCAUUUCAUGGGUUGCUCCACUUUCUCAGAAUACACUGUAGUAGCUGAUGUUUCUCUUGCUAAGGUUGAUCCUAAUGCACCACUUGAGAAGAUCUGCUUGUUGGGUUGUGGAGUACCUACUGGUUAUGGUGCUGCCCUUAACACAGCUAAGGUAGAACCUGGAAGUUCGUGUGCUAUAUGGGGAUUAGGUGCAGUUGGGAUGGCAGUUGCACUUGGUUGUAAAAAAGCUGGGGCACAGCGUAUUAUUGGUAUAGACGUGAAUCCAAGUAAAUUCGAGCUUGCUAAAACCUUUGGAUUCACUGAAUUCAUCAAUCCCAAGGAUUAUGAAAGACCAAUUCAGGAAGUUCUGAUAGAAUUAACAGAUGGAGGAUUAGAUUAUACUUUUGAAUGUGUUGGCAAUGUUAACACCAUGAGAGCUGCUCUAGAGUCCUGCCAUAAGGGAUGGGGAACAUCUGUUAUCGUGGGUGUAGCUGCAGCAGGACAGGAAAUCAGCACUCGUCCUUUCCAACUGGUAACAGGACGAGUUUGGAAAGGAACUGCUUUCGGUGGUUGGAAAUCCAAAGAAAGUGUACCUAAAUUGGUACAAGAUUACAUGUCGAAGUCGCUCAUGCUCGAUGAAUUUGUUACACAUACUCUUCCAUUCGAGAAAAUCAAUGAAGGAUUCGAAACAUUACACUCAGGAUCAUGUUUGAGAACAGUGCUCAAAUAUUAAGUGAGGAUGCACAUUUCUUCUGAGAUACGAUUAAAACAUCUAUUUUUUGUAAUAAUUUUGAAAUAAAAGGAAUAUGUAAUUUAUA